CUCUCAGUUUGCUGCUGAGUAAAAUAUGAAUUGCGAAAUGGAACAGGGAUGUAUUUCAUAGUUGUGUUUUUCCUUGUUGAUGUUUUGUUGUUGUUUCGAUUUGUGAUUUUGUAUCAGGUUAAGAUUGACUGAGGACUAUAAAAAUCAUAAUGUGUGCAGCAGACCAAGGUGUUUUAUUAUUCCCUCCGCCACCAUCGUACGAGGAGUGCCGUAAAGGUUACCCUCUACGCUAAGCAAACGACCCAGAUCCGUCGGUAUAUCCAGGCAUUCAACCCACAGCUCCACAGUGGCCAACAGAUGGCCGAUCUAUGGGGUACGCGGCUAAGCCGGGUUUUCAAGCUGGGUUCCAACCUCCGCCCGGAUGCCAGCAAGGAGCGCCCCCGUUCUUUUACCAAGGUCAGCCUAGUUACCCAACGCCACAUCCGUACACAGACAGACCUUUCCCUCAGGGGUCACACAGUGAUCAGCAGCCUUACGGACAGCAUAUUCCUGGACAGCAAUAUACUACAACAGAAGUUGUCGUCGCACAGCCUGUUCAGCAGCCAGGGAAUGAGGUUGCCAUCAAUCCACCACCAGACUACAUGGCUCUCGCCAUCCUGGCAACCAUUUGCUUUUGUCCGAUGGGGUUUCCCGCCAUCUUCCAAGCAUCGUCCGCAAACGAGUGUGCGGCGAAAGGCGACAUGAGGAAUGCAAAGAUAUUUGCGGACUCCGCUAAAGCCCUGAGCGUUUCAAGUUUCGUCGUUGUCGGAAUCGCCAUCACACUCGGCAUAGUUGUGCUCGUGGUUCGUGGUUCAUACUCGGCAUAGUUGUGCUCAUGAUUUGUGGAACGUAGUCAUUGAAACUCAAUAAACGUACAUAAAGUGUC